CUUCCCUAUUUUAGUCUCUCGGCACUUUUAACUGAAACAAAAACAGAAAAAAAUAACUUCCUCUUACAAAUUACCGUUCUCUCUCCUUUAAAUCCUCGCCGUAACUACUCUCAUUUCUCUCCAUAAAUUCUUGCUUUGUUGAUUCCUUCUUCAGCAAUGGCUGUAUAGAAGCUCUGCAUUUUCCUCCUCUUCAGUAAUCAAACGUAAGAAUCUCUACUUCUUCAAGUUUCUUUGAUCGAUGUUUUGAUUUUAGCUGUUAAAUUGUUUGAUCGCAGAAAUUUCUCUUAGUUUGAUGUUUGGCUUUGUUUCUGGCUUUAGAGAGUUGACUGUAAAAUCUUUUUGGGCUCAGGAUAAUGCAUCCAGUCUUGCCUCUCGUGUCAAAAAGACUGAUGCACGGGAAAUUGAGAGCUAUUAUCAGCAAUACUAUGAAAACUAUGUCAGAGCAUUAGACCAGGGGGAGCAGGCAGACAGAGCUCAACUUGGCAAAGCAUACCAGACAGCCGGAGUGCUUUUUGAAGUGCUAUGUGCUGUCAAUAAAACUGAAAAAGUUGAAGAAGUUGCUCCAGAGAUUAUUGCAGCAGCUAGAGAUGUUCAGGAAAAGAAGGAAAUCUACACCCCGUAUAACAUUCUUCCUCUGGAUAUUGCUGGGGCUUCACAGUCUAUCAUGCAGCUUGAGGAGGUUAAGGCUGCUGUGGCUGCAAUGUGGAACACUCGUGGCUUGAAUUGGCCUGCAGCAUUUGAACAACAGAGGCAGAAAAGUGGGGACUUGGAUCUUCUUGAUUGGUUGAGAGCUAUGUUUGGCUUCCAGAGAGACAAUGUCAGGAACCAGAGGGAGCAUUUGAUUUUGCUGCUUGCUAAUAAUCAUAUAAGACUCCAUCCCAAGCCUGAACCUCUUAAUAAGCUUGAUGAACGAGCAGUUGAUGUUGUUAUGAGUAAGCUUUUUAAGAAUUACAAGAAAUGGUGCAAAUUCUUAGGACGAAAACAUAGCUUAAGACUCCCUCAGGGUGUGCAAGAAAUACAGCAGAGAAAGAUACUUUACAUGGGAUUAUAUCUCCUUAUCUGGGGUGAAGCAGCCAACGUUCGAUUAAUGCCCGAAUGUCUAUGUUAUAUCUUUCAUAAUAUGGCGUAUGAACUCCAUGGCUUGUUGGCUGGAAAUGUUAGUAUUGUUACUGGAGAAAAUAUCAAACCUUCUUAUGGUGGUGAUGAUGAAGCAUUCUUGCGGAAGGUUAUAACACCCCUUUACCGUGUAAUUGAGAAGGAAGCCCAGAAGUGCCAAAAUGGAAAAGCUUCUCACUCAGCUUGGUGCAAUUAUGAUGAUCUGAAUGAGUAUUUCUGGUCUCCAGAUUGCUUCUCUCUUGGAUGGCCUAUGCGUGAUGAUGGAGACUUUUUUAAAUCAACAUGUGAUGUGGGAAAGAAGCCUUCUUCAAAGAAACCUGAAAGCACAGGCAAAUCAAAUUUCAUUGAGAUUCGAACAUUUUGGCACAUUUUUCGUAGUUUUGAUCGAUUUUGGACUUUUUAUAUUCUUGCUCUUCAGGUGCUAAUCAUCAUUGCAUGGACUGGAGUUUCAAUAAAAGAGAUCUUUCGAAAGGACAUUUUGUAUUACAUGUCCAGUAUUUUCAUUACUGCAGCCCUUCUGCGCUUCAUUCAAUGCCUUUUGGACCUUGUUCUAAAUUUUCCAGGAUUCCAUAGAUGGAAGUUCAAUGAUGUACUGAGAAAAAUUCUCAAGAUAAUUGUUAGUCUUGUGUGGGUUGUCAUUCUUGUUAUGUGCUAUGUACAUUCCUUCUCCUUUGCCCCUGGUAAAAUCAAAGAUGUGUUGUCAUUUCUUCGGCAAGUAAAGGGCAUUCCACCUCUAUAUAUCAUGGCUGUUGCACUAUACUUGCUUCCAAAUUUACUGGCAUCUGUCCUCUUUAUUUUCCCCAUGCUUCGAAGGUGGAUUGAGAACUCAGAUUGGCUCAUCAUUAGGUUCCUUUUGUGGUGGUCGCAGCCCAGAAUUUACAUAGGAAGGGGUAUGCAUGAAAGUCAGUUUGCGCUUUUUAAGUAUACUCUUUUUUGGGUGCUACUUCUGUGUGCCAAGUUUGCAUUCAGCUAUUUUUUCCAGAUAAAACCCUUGGUUAAGCCAACAAAAGAUAUAAUGAACAUUCGUCAUGUUACAUAUGCAUGGCAUGAAUUUUUCCCAAAUGCUGAGCACAACUAUGGAGCUGUUGUGUCGCUUUGGGCACCAAUAAUUUUGGUGUAUUUCAUGGACACUCAAAUUUGGUAUGCUGUUUUCUCUACUCUCUAUGGCGGUUUUAUAGGUGCCUUUGAUCGUCUAGGAGAGAUACGAACUCUUGGCAUGCUAAGGUCAAGGUUUCAGUCCUUACCUGGUGCAUUUAACACAUAUUUGGUGCCUUCUGAUACAUCUAAAAAGAGGGGAUUCUCUUUAUCAAAGCGAUUUGCUGAGGUUACAGCAAGCAGGAGAAGUGAAGCUGCAAAAUUUGCACAGGAGAUGGAUCUGUUACUAGUUCCUUACACAUCAGAUCCUAGCUUGAACCUAAUUCAGUGGCCACCAUUUUUGCUCGCAAGCAAGAUCCCAAUAGCUUUGGAUAUGGCAGCUCAAUUUCGAUCCAAGGACUCUGACCUUUGGAAGCGUAUAUGUGCUGAUGAAUACAUGAAAUGUGCUGUCAUCGAAUGCUAUGAAUCUUUCAAAUUUAUCCUAAAUACUUUAGUGGUUGGAGAAAAUGAGAAAAGGAUAAUUGGCAUCAUCAUCAAAGAAGUUGAGAGUAACAUUUCAAAGAAUAUGUUUCUUGCAAACUUCAGAAUGACUUCUUUGCCUAUUCUCAUCCAGAAAUUUGUUGAGCUUGUGGUUAUUUUGAAAGAUAGUGAUCCAUCCAAACAGAAUGCUGUGGUGUUGUUGUUACAAGAUAUGCUGGAGGUUGUUACCCGUGACAUGAUGGUGAAUGAAAUUUGUGAAUUGGUAGAACUUGGACAUAGCAACAAGGAAUCUGGAAGUCAACUUUUUGCUGGUACUGAUGCAAAGCCUGCUAUUUUGUUCCCUCCUGUUGUUACAGCACAUUGGGAAGAACAGAUAAGGCGCCUCCAUCUCCUUCUGACAACCAAAGAAUCUGCCAUUGAUGUACCAACAAAUCUUGAGGCACGUAGGAGAAUUGCAUUCUUCACAAAUUCAUUGUUUAUGGAUAUGCCACGUCCUCCUGGAGUUCGUAAAAUGCUCUCAUUCAGUGUUAUGACUCCAUACUAUAGUGAGGAGACUGUAUAUUCUAAAGCUGACCUUGAGAUGGAAAAUGAGGAUGGUGUAUCAAUCAUAUACUACUUGCAAAAAAUUUUUCCAGACGAGUGGAAUAAUUUCUUGGAGAGACUUGAUUGUAAGGACGAUAGUGAGGUUUUGGGAAAUGAAGAAAAUGUGUUGCAUCUUCGACAUUGGGCCUCCUUUAGAGGGCAGACACUUAGCAGAACAGUAAGGGGGAUGAUGUAUUACAGACGAGCACUAAAGCUUCAAGCUUUUCUUGACAUGGCUUGUGAGAAAGAAAUAUUAGAAGGCUAUAAAGCUGUAUUAACUCCUUCUGAGGAAGAUAAAAAGAGUCACAGAUCCCUAUAUGCUCAAUUGGAGGCAGUGGCUGACUUGAAAUUUACAUAUGUUGCAACCUGUCAAAACUAUGGGAACCAGAAACGUAAUGGCGAUCGUCGUGCAACUGACAUCCUGAAUUUUAUGGUCAAUAAUCCCUCUCUUCGUGUAGCAUAUAUUGAUGAAGUUGAAGAAAGGGAAGGUGGAAAGGUACAGAAAGUUUAUUAUUCUGUAUUGGUUCGAGCCAUUGAUAAUCUUGAUCAGGAAAUCUACCGUAUAAAAUUGCCUGGGACAGCGAAGUUAGGAGAAGGAAAGCCUGAAAAUCAGAACCAUGCUAUAAUUUUCACUAGAGGAGAAGCUCUUCAAGCAAUUGAUAUGAAUCAGGAUAAUUACCUGGAAGAAGCUUUCAAAAUGAGGAAUCUUUUGGAAGAGUUUAAUGAAGAUCAUGGAGUACGUCCACCUACAAUUUUAGGUGUUCGUGAGCAUAUCUUUACUGGAAGUGUAUCUUCUUUGGCUUGGUUCAUGUCAAACCAAGAAACGAGCUUUGUCACCAUCGGUCAAAGAGUCCUUGCAAGACCAUUGAAGGUUCGUUUUCACUAUGGUCAUCCAGAUGUGUUUGAUAGAAUCUUCCACAUAACCCGUGGAGGCAUCAGCAAGGCUUCUCGUGGCAUCAAUUUGAGCGAGGACAUUUUUGCUGGUUUCAACUCAACGCUAAGACAAGGGAAUGUUACACACCAUGAGUACAUUCAAGUUGGGAAAGGUCGGGAUGUUGGGCUUAAUCAAAUCUCACUCUUUGAAGCAAAAGUAGCAUGUGGAAAUGGGGAGCAGACACUCAGCAGGGAUAUCUACCGAUUAGGCCAUCGCUUUGACUUUUUCCGCAUGUUGUCAUGCUAUUUCACAACCAUUGGAUUCUAUAUCAGCACUGUGCUGGUUGUCUUAACAGUCUACCUUUUCUUGUACGGAAGACUUUAUAUGUCAUUAAGUGGAUUGGAGCGAUCAAUAGUUAAGGUUGCUUCAGCUAGGGGAGAUGAUCCUCUCAAGGCGGCUAUGGCAUCACAAUCUCUUGUUCAAUUGGGUCUUUUGACAACUUUGCCAAUGGUCAUGGAGAUUGGACUGGAGAGAGGAUUCAGAACUGCGUUGGGUGAUAUAAUAAUUAUGCAGCUACAGUUGGCAACUGUGUUUUUCACUUUCUCCCUUGGGACAAAGGUCCAUUAUUUUGGACGUACUAUCCUACAUGGUGGUGCAAAGUACAGAGCAACAGGGCGAGGAUUUGUAGUGCGGCAUGAGAAAUUUGCAGAGAACUAUAGGAUGUAUUCAAGGAGUCACUUUGUGAAAGGGUUGGAGCUUAUGGUAUUGCUUGUAUGCUACAGGAUAUAUGGUUCAGCAAGUAAUUCAACAGCUUAUUUACUUCUCUCCUUCUCAAUGUGGUUCUUAGUUGCAUCCUGGUUGUUUGCUCCUUUCCUUUUCAAUCCUUCAGGAUUUGAAUGGCAAAAGAUAGUGGAUGAUUGGGAUGAUUGGACAAAGUGGAUAAACAGCAGAGGUGGCAUUGGAGUGCCAGCAAACAAAAGCUGGGAAUCCUGGUGGGAUGAAGAACAGGAGCACUUGCAGCACACUGGGUUUCUAGGACGUUUGUUAGAGAUUGUUCUUGCUCUGCGUUUCUUAGUUUACCAGUAUGGAGUUGUGUAUCAGCUAAAUAUUAGCAAGGCUAGCAGACUUGGUCAACAACGGAGCAUAAUUGUCUAUGGUCUGUCCUGGUUGGUCAUUGUUGCUGUGAUGAUUGUCUUAAAGAUUGUAUCCAUGGGUAGAAAGAAGUUCAGUGCAGAUUUCCAGCUUAUGUUCAGACUACUAAAGCUAUUCCUGUUCAUUGGAUCUGUAGUCACCCUUGGCAUGCUAUUUUACUUCCUUGGUCUCACAGUUGGAGAUAUCUUUCAGAGCCUACUGGCCUUCAUGCCAACAGGAUGGGCAAUUCUACAGAUAUCACAGGCAUGCAAGCCAUGUGUAAAGGGUAUUGGAAUGUGGAGUUCAGUGAAGGCUUUAGCAAGAGGGUAUGAAUACAUGAUGGGGGUGAUCAUUUUUGCACCCGUGGCUGUACUGGCCUGGUUCCCCUUCGUCACUGAGUUCCAAACCAGGCUGCUCUUCAACCAAGCUUUCAGCCGAGGGCUGCAAAUCCAACGUAUUCUGUCUGGUGGCAAGAAGCAGAAAUAAAAACUCUAAAGUUCGGCAUUGCAAGUCAAGGGAGAAAAAUGUUAAAAGGCAAUUUGUUCGCAGAAAGAAAAGUCUUGGAAGGAAGAUCCAUGAGUUUUGAUAAGAAUUUGGUCAAGUCACUUCUUUCUGCAGCACUUAAGAGGGCAACACUUACUGGGUUCUUUAAUAAUUGCAUCUCCAUUUUUUUCAUUAUGCUUAUAUGAUAUACUAAAUUGUGUGUCAGAAGCAAUUAGAAAUAAAAAUGACAUAUCCUC